GAAGUGGAGCCUCUGUCCGUGGGGCCUCUGCGCCGUAUUCCGACCCUGGGCGGCAGGCUGCACGGUCCCAGCUGUGGCCUGGGGCCUAAUUCCCUGGGCUGCAGCGUGCGCCGGCGGCGAAGGGGAGCCCGGGGCCCGGCCGGCUGCCACCCACCCACGCCUCCGGGUCUUGGGUCCCCACACUGCCGCGGGCAGUGCAGAAGCCUAGGAGGCAAGCCGGGCUCCCAGGCCGCGCUGCGCGGAGCAGCCAGACCAGCCACCUCCCCAGUUAAGGCCAGGCCCGCCCGGCCUGGGCCUCUUCCUGUGCCUCUUCCUGUGCCUACACUGCCCGAUAAGUGAGGUCAGGACCCCAUGGAGAGCAGUCCGCGCCGGGAGACGGUGGAUCGUUGGAACGCUCAAACGAAACAACUGCAAACAGCUGUCUCAAAUGUGGAGAAGCAUUUUGGAGAACUGUGCCAAAUCUUCGCUGCCUAUGUGCGGAAAACUGCCAGGCUGAGAGACAAAGCCGACCUCCUGGUGAAUGAAAUCAACGCGUAUGCUGCUACAGAGACCCCACAUUUAAAGCUGGGCCUGAUGAACUUUGCUGAUGAGUUUGCCAAACUUCAGGAUUAUCGACAAGCAGAGGUUGAAAGACUUGAAGCCAAAGUAGUUGAACCCUUGAAAGCUUAUGGGACCAUUGUGAAAAUGAAACGGGAUGACCUCAAGGCAACAUUCACAGCAAGGAAUCGAGAAGCUAAGCAGUUAACUCAGUUAGAAAGAACACGCCAGCGAAACCCAUCUGAUCGACAUGUUAUUUCACAGGCAGAAACGGAAUUACAGAGAGCUGCAAUGGAUGCUAGCCGAACAAGUCGUCAUCUGGAGGAAACUAUUAACAACUUUGAAAGGCAGAAAAUGAAGGAUAUAAAGACUAUAUUUUCUGAAUUUAUCACAAUCGAAAUGUUAUUUCACGGCAAAGCUUUAGAGGUCUACACUGCUGCCUACCAGAAUAUACAAAACAUUGAUGAAGAUGAAGAUUUAGAGGUUUUCCGAAAUUCUCUGUAUGCACCAGAUUAUUCAUCUCGUUUAGAUAUUGUACGAGCAAAUUCAAAGUCACCUCUUCAGAGAUCACUGUCAGCUAAGUGUGUAUCUGGAACAGGACAGGUAUCCACUUGUCGACUAAGAAAGGAUCAACAAGCAGAUGAUGAUGAGGAUGAAGAGUUAGAUGUCACAGAAGAAGAAAAUUUUCUUAAGUAAACUACACAUUUCCAUUUUCAUCAUAAAUGACAUGGAAUCCACAAUGACUGAACUAUAGAACUUUAUACUCACUUUGAUAUGUUAAGCCUCAAAGUGAAGUCCAACUGGAAACAGAAAAACAAUUAAAGGAAACUUAUGUUAACCAAAAAUGAAGGCUUUAAAAAAUAAUUACAUACCAGUCAUUUCAACAUCCUACCUAGUGUUAGGUGAUUUUUGUGUAAGUACCUCUUUUUUUCAAAGAUGCUGUAUUUCAAAGUAUUUCAUAUGAAUGUACUAUAUCUACUUGAAGUUCCAAUAGUACAUUAUGACAGAAACCAAAAGAUCUAACAAUUCUGCUUAGCUUUUUGGGUUAAGACUCCAUGCUUUCAUUACCAGAAAAGGGUCCUAUGUAGUCAUUCUGAUUACAUGUAAUUCUAUUCCAUGAAGCCUUAAGAAAAAAUAUUUUUUUUUACUUUCCCUUAAAACUUUAUCAUUUGAUAAGUAAAUUUACUUUUCAAGAGUAUAAUCAAAGAGUAAAGAUAAUGUGACACUAAGAUAUCAGUGUUUUAUGAAUACACAUAAGGCAUAAAUUUCAGCUGUAAAAAAAGCCACAUUCAAUCUGACUCUGGUUUUAAAACAAAACUGCUGUCAUACUUAUACAUGAUACUGCAACUUUUGGAAGGCUAAUUUAGUGGAAUGUUGCCUCAUCACAGAACACCAUAAAUCAUCAAAAAUUCUAUAAAAAUUUUACCAAGCUACCAUGCAGUUAAUAAAAGGGUAUACAAUCACUUUUAUUUCUGAAAAUAUAAAACAGUUGGAGCCUUUCAGUGUCUCUGAUGCUUCUCUUUUGGUAAGGAUUUAUACUUUUAUUUCAUGGAUCCCAGGCAGGCAUAUAAAAGUUAGGGAAUUUAUAAAAUCAUUUGGGAUAAUUAGAAAAUGCAAUUAUUCAUAACAGAAAAAUAAAGAUUUCUAGAAAGCUU